CGCUGUCAGCGCGGUUAUAAGGCAGGGAAAAGUUGCCCGCGGACAGCCGGGCCGGCGCACGCUCGUACGGAGGCCGCAGCGGCAGGGCGGGGCCGCGGAGCAGCGGGUGGCGGCGGAGGCAGUCUCCGAUCGCUGCCUCGCUCCCCUCGGGGUCUCUGCUCGGCGAGGUCCCGGGUUCGCGAGGACUUUUGCGAGCAGCCAUGGGCGGCGUCGGGGAGCCAGACUGGGAACCUGCGCAGCGGGGGGCGCCGCUGCCCACCCUCCGCUGGGAGCAGGUCCGCCGGCACAACCUGCCAGGCGACAAGUGGCUGGUGAUUGAGCGUCGCGUCUACGACAUCAGCCGCUGGGCACAGCGACACCCGGGGGGCAGCCGCCUCAUCGGCCACCACGGCGCCGAGGACGCCACGGAUGCCUUCCACGCCUUCCACCAGGACCUCAGUUUUGUGCGCAAGUUCCUGCAGCCUCUCCUGAUUGGAGAGCUGGCCCCAGAGGAGCCCAGCCAGGAUGGACCCCAGAAUACCCAGCUGAUCGAGGACUUCCGAGCCCUGCGCCAAGCGGUCGAGGACAUGAAGCUGUUUGAAGCCAAGCCCGCCUUCUUUGGUCUCCUGCUGGGCCACAUCCUGGCCAUGGAGGUGCUCGCCUGGCUCAUGAUCUACCUGCUCGGCCCCGGCUGGCUGCCCAGCAUCCUGGCCGCCCUCAUCCUGGCCGUCUCCCAGGCCCAGAGCUGGUGUCUGCAGCACGACCUGGGCCACACGUCCAUCUUCAGGAAUUCCCGAUGGAACCACUUGGCCCAGCAGUUUGUGAUGGGGCAGCUGAAGGGCUUCUCUGCACACUGGUGGAACUUCCGCCACUUCCAGCACCACGCGAAGCCCAACAUCUUCCACAAGGACCCGGACGUGACUGUGGCGCCUGUCUUCCUUUUGGGGGAAUCGUCCAUCGAGUACGGCAAGAAGAAGCGCAGAUACUUGCCCUACAACCACCAGCACCUGUACUUUUUCCUGAUCGGCCCGCCGCUGCUCACGCUGGUGAACUUCGAAGUGGAAAAUCUGGCCUACAUGCUGGUGUGCAUGCAGUGGACGGACUUGCUCUGGGCCGCCAGCUUCUACGCCCGCUUCCUCUUGUCCUACGUCCCCUUCUAUGGCAUUCCUGGGGCGCUGCUCCUCUUUGUGGCUGUCAGGGUCCUGGAGAGCCACUGGUUCGUGUGGAUCACACAGAUGAACCAUAUCCCCAGGGAGAUUGGCCAUGAGAAGCACCGGGACUGGGCCAGCUCUCAGCUGGCAGCCACCUGCAAUGUGGAGCCCUCGCUCUUCAUCGACUGGUUCAGCGGACACCUCAACUUCCAGAUCGAGCAUCAUCUCUUCCCCACGAUGCCGAGGCACAACUAUCGCAGGGUGGCCCCGCUGGUCAAGGCCCUGUGCGCCAAGCACGGCCUCAGCUACGAGGUGAAGCCCUUCCUCACUGCCCUGGUGGACAUCGUCAGGUCCCUGAAGAAGUCUGGCAAUGUGUGGCUGGAAGCCUACCUCCACCAGUGAUGACCGCAGCGCCCGGGGCCCCAGCAGCCACCAAGCCACCCAGACAGGCUUCCUCACCUGCCCCACCUCGCCCUGCCUCAGGCUGGAGGCCCUGUUUGUUCUCCUGGGGCCCCUCUCGGUCUGCUCCACAGCCCUGCGACCAUGGCUCUAGACCCACUAGGACCAGGGCCAGGGGCAUAGUGUAUAAAGACACAGUGAGCGUGACGUGUUUUCCUAGAGCAAAAAUUUAGGGGGAAAAUGUUAUUUUUAUAUAAAAACAAACCCAGGUAUGUUA